AUGUCCGCAAUUGCACGAAAUGAGGUGCAAGAUUCCUCAUCGCCGCACCACGACGUGCCUCAACAUGCCGCAACUACUGCCGCUACUCCUCAAGAUCUUCAGAUCAUUUGGAAAUGGAACGAGUCUGUUCCAGAGACGGUGGACGGCCGUAUCCACGAUCUCAUCACACAGAAGGCGCAAUUGCAGCCCGAGGAGCAGGCUGUCUGUGCUUGGGACGGAAACUGGAGCUAUCGCGAGCUUGAUGAGCUCUCAACUAACCUGGCACACCGACUCGUCCGCAUGGGCGUCGGUCCUGACAUCAUUGUUCCCCUAUGCUUCCCAAAGUCAAAAUGGACCCCGAUUGCCAUGCUUGCUGUCAUGAAGGCUGGUGGUGCAUCAGUCGUUCUCGAGACAAGUCUACCCAGCGACCGGCUAUAUAGCAUUGUUCAACAAGUCGAACCGAUUUUAAUACUUUCCUCCUCUUUGACCACUGAGCUUGCCGGCCAGCUCACCACACGGCCAGUCGUAGUUGUCGACGAGGCCAGUACCACCUUCGAUGUCACUAGCAUAUUACCAGAGGUGCAGCCAUCGAACAUUCUCUACAUUGUCUUCACUUCUGGCAGUACCGGUACCCCCAAGGGCACUAUAAUUACCCACUCCAACUUUUGCAGCGCUAUUCACCACCAGCGGGCCAUAUUAGGCUACUCCAGUUCCUCGCGAGUGUACAAUUUCACCAAACACUCCUUUGAUGUAACUUGGUCUGAUUUCAUCUUCACCAUGACUGCUGGUGGCUGCCUCUGUAUCCCGUUGCAACAAGAAGCUAUGAGCAACCUUGCUGGCUCAAUAUUAGCAUAUAACGCAAACUUCAUAAAUAUUACACCAUCAGUUGGUAGCAUGAUACGGCCAUCGGAUCUAAACGGCACAUUAAAGCAAGUAGUUUUCGCGGGUGAGGCUCUGCCAAGCCAUCAAGCUUCGGAGUGGGCACAACAUACCCGCGUCAUUAAUUUGUACGGCCCGGCCGAAUGUACAGUCGGGGUUACUUUGGCCGUGAUGGGCGACAUUGCCAAUGUAGACUCUUUUUCCGCCACUAUCGGCCACAGCAUUGGUUCGUGCAGCUGGAUUGUCGACCCGUCCUGUCAUGAUAACCUGUUGCCUGUUGGAGCCGUUGGUGAAUUGCUAUCGGAAGGUCCAGUUGUGGGAGCUGGAUAUCUUGGCAAUGCUGAGAAAACAGCUGCAGUGUUCAUCGAGAGCCCAAAAUGGCUGGUGGCUGGACCACCAGGUGGCCCGGGACGCCCAGGCCGAUUAUACAAGACUGGUGAUCUUGUACGAUAUGAGGCGAAUGGACAACUUGCUUACAUAGGCCGAAAAGACCUGCAAGUUAAGAUCAACGGUCAGCGUGUGGAACUAGGAGAUAUUGAACAUCAUGUGCGAAAGCAUGUCGCUGAUUGCACGGAUGUGGGGGUGGCCGCCGAGCUUGUAACUCCGCGCGACAGCGAUAGACCUCUGCUCACUGCCUUCCUGCAAAUAUCGACACCAGCUGCUAGACAAGGUAGAGACGGGCUAGAAGGGGAGUUGAGGAGAGUCAUCAAUGGACUCAACAAUCGAUUGGCCGCCCAUAUACCGGCAUAUAUGAUCCCUUCUGUUUACGUCCCACUAGAAGUCUUUCCGAAGAAUGCCAAUGGCAAGAUGGAUAGACGCAAAUUGAGGGAAAUAUGUGAGACCUCUUCAAUUCAGGAGCUCAUGGCCUGGGGCUCGCCUCUUCCCGAGAAGAAAGAGCCAACCACGCGCAUGGAGUUCCUUCUACAAGGCCUCUGGUCUUCUGUUCUUGGCCUUGAUAUCGGUAAUAUCGGUGUCAACGACAGCUUUUUGGGACUAGGCGGGGAUUCCAUUGCAGCCAUGAGAUUAGCUGGAGCCGCACGAGAGCAUGGUCUGUCGCUCAGUGUCGCCGACAUCUUCAACCACUCGGUACUGCACGACAUGGCAGGUGUCAUUGGUGAGCUUUCCGAAACUGGCAGCUUCAUCCAGCCCUUCGAAUUACUGAAAGACCAUACUGAGAUGGGAGUGAUGAGAAGCCAAGUUGCUGGCGCCUGCGGAGUCAACGCAGCUGAGAUUGAGGACGUCUUUCCCUGUACGCCUCUCCAAGAGGGUUUAAUCGCCCUGACAGCGAAGCAUCCAGGUGACUACGUCUCUCGGCAUGUAUUCCAGCUGCAACCUACAGUGGAAAUGAGACGUCUCAAGAGAGCGUGGGAGGAGGUUGUAGCGACGACACCCAUUCUUCGGACACGCAUUGUCAACCUUGACCAACAAGGGCUGGUGCAGGUGGUCCUAAACCACCCCACGACAUGGGCGUCCAAGGAUGGCGAAAUGGACCUUGCAAAGUAUCAGAAAGAGGAUGGAGAGCUCACCACAGGCCUGGGCACGCCCCUGGCUCGAUUUGCACUAUUAGAAGAUUCGGAUGGUGACGACGUUAGACGGUUUUUUGUAUGGACGAUACACCACGCACUUUACGACGGGUGGUCUAAGCCGCUUCUUUUGGAGCGGCUUGCUCAGGCUUAUGCUGGCGAGGUAACGCUAGAGACUUCGCCUCAAUUCCAGGGCUUCGUAAGACACAUUCUGGACAUGCAGCAAGACGAGGCGACCAAGUUCUGGUCUGCCCAAUUUAAGGAUUCUGAGGCGCAGACUUUCCCGAUCCUGCCGUCGCCGCGCUACCAGCCGAGAUCCGAUAAGAUGCUGACGCACGCCAUCGGGGAACUCAAAUGGCCAAAGAUGAUGGGCGUGACCGCGUCGACAAUGUUGCGAGCUGCCUGGGCUAUCAUCACCUCGUGUUAUACAAAUGCUGACGAGACCGUGUUUGGUGUCACGGUGAGCGGCAGACAGGCGGCCUUGCCAGGCGUAGAGAAGAUGACUGGCCCUACAAUCGCGACGGUGCCUGUGCGGAUUGUUCUAGACAAGCGAAAGACUAUUCAAGAGCUGCUUCGUCAAAUCCAGACACAGGUCGUCGACAUGACGGCGUUUGAGCAGACUGGUCUGCAGCGGAUUCGGCGAAUCUGCCCCGAGGCUGAGCGAGCCUGUAACUUCCAAACACUGCUUGUCAUUCAGCCAGCUGCGGACCAGAAAGAAAAGGCCACUCAUGACAGUCUUUUUGCGCCUAACAGUGAUAAUGAUUACUGGUCUCUUGACGACGAAAUGGCAGAAUUCCGCACGUAUCCGCUAUCUCUGGAAUGCUACCUUGAAGAUCAAGGCGUCGUCUUGCUGACCAGAUUCGACUCUACCGUGCUGAAUGACGAGCAAGUAGCCAUCCUGACGAGGCAGCUCGAGCAUGUUGUCCGCCAGCUAUGUAACGCUGAAUCCGCUCAGACAAAGCUUGAAGACGUCGUCUUGGUCGGUCGUGAGGACCUCCAGCAAAUGUGGCACUGGAACUCGGUAGUGCCUGAUACUGCCGAUGGUGUUGUGCACGAUCUGAUUGCCAUGACGGCGAAGCAGCAGCCAGAGGCACAGGCCGUGUGCGCGUGGGAUGGGGACUGGACGUAUCGCGAGCUCGAUGAGUUAUCGACCCGCCUGGCUCAUCACCUCGUCACUCUAGGAGUCGGCCCAGAGGUCAUCGUCCCGCUGUGUAUUGAGAAGUCAAAGUGGAUGCCCGUGGCCAUGAUGGCCGUGAUGAAGGCUGGGGGAGCGUCGGUCGCCGUCGACUAUACGCAGCCGGAAGAUCGACUCAGAAGCAUCGUGAAGCAGGUAAGUCCAGUUGUGAUACUAACGUCAGUAGCCAAUCAGGAUCUCGCUCGCCGCCUGGUCCCCCACCAGUCUGUGGUGGUGGGCGAGCAACUGGUGGCGGGAGCAAUCCCACCGGCGACACGGACCAACACGCCAACGCCAACACCAAUACCGACGACGACAACACAAACAAUACCAUUACCGACAUCAACCGCCGCGGCAGAAACACCGCUGCCCGUUGUCAAUCGAUCUAAUUCGCUCUACGUCGUCUUUACAUCUGGCAGUACUGGCGCCCCCAAGGGCGUCGUCGUCACUCACGCAAACAUCACUAGCGCCAUUCGACAUCAGCGUGAAACCCUAGGAUUCACUAGGCACUCACGAGUCUACGACUUUGCAUCGUACAUGUUCGAUGUGGUUUGGUGCAAUCUUCUUCAGGGCCUCUCUGCCGGAGGCUGCAUCUGUAUUCCAAGCAACGAUGAUCGCCGCAACGACCCUCUUGGCGCCAUCACUCGUCUUGGCGCCAACACAGCCAUCUUCACGCCGUCUACCAUUCGCGGACUUGACUUGCAGUCUCUCAAGGGCCUAUGCCAUGUACACUUCAUCGGCGAGGCCCUCUCGGCUGACGAUAUUGGCGGCUUGCAUCCGGAUAGUACCGUGACUAACCUGUACGGCCCAACCGAGUGUACGACGUUUAGCACUGCCCAACAAGUCACCCGCCACAAAGCUUUAAACCCGGACAGACGUCAACGUAUAGGUAUCGGUGUAGGCCUGGGUCUGCGCACAUGGCUGGUACAGCCGUUUGAUCACUCCAAGCUUGUCCCUCUGGGAUGUGUCGGCGAGCUUCUGCUGGAAGGCCCCCUCGUGGCGGCCGGCUACCUUGGGGAGGAGGAAAAGACCGCGGCCGCCUUUAUAAACGAUCCAGCCUGGCUCUUGGAAGGAACUCCUAAUCACUCUGGUCGCCGCGGACGCCUGUACAAGACUGGCGAUCUUGCACGAUAUGAUGCAGAUGGAACCUUGAUUUUCCUCGGGAGGAAGGACUCGCAGGUCAAGAUAAAUGGUCAGCGUGUGGAACUGGGCGACGUUGAGCACCACAUCCAGUCCAGCAUUUCACAUGGACAGGACGUAAAUGUUGUAGCAGAGGUUAUGAAGCCCAGAGGCAGCAGCAAUGCGAUCCUUGUAGCCUUUCUCCAAAUUGACAUCGCCUCUGAGCCCAGAGAUGAAGAAUCUAUACAGAAUGAACUCGCAAAAAUUACAGCUGGCCUUGCCGACAGACUUCUGGUACGGGUACCGGCGUACAUGGUUCCAUCGGCUUACGUUCCUCUCAACGAAAUCCCCGUCACGCCAACUGGUAAGAUCGAUCGCCGCAAGCUUCGCGCCAUGGGCCAACAGUGGACUCUCGAGGACCUCGUGAGAACCCACUUACCCUUUUCUUCCGAGCGACCACAGCCGUGUACCAUUACCGAGAAGCGUCUGCAAAGUCUCUGGGCGGCUGUUCUAGGCUUGAAAGCUGAAAGUAUUGCCGCAGACGAUAGUUUCUUGCGCAUAGGAGGUGAUUCUAUUGCGGCCAUGAGGCUUGUGGCGGCAGCUCGUGAGCAGAACCUCACCCUCUCCGUGGCCGAUAUAUUCAAGCACCCGCUGCUGAGCGACUUGGCUACCGUAGUUGGCGAAGAAGCUGUCGGUGCUGGUGGCAAAAACGCCCAUCAAAAUGAGCCGUUUACGCUUCUGAAUCCAGCAGAAGACCUCGAAUCUCUAAAGGAGCAAAUCGCAGCUAAGUGCAAUGUCGAGGCUGGGCAAGUUGCCGAUGCGUUCCCCUGUACACCACUUCAGGAGGGCCUGCUUGCUUUGACUGCCAAGCGACCUGGCGAUUAUGUUGCCCGAUUUAUCUACCCACUGCUGCCCAGUAUAAGCCCUAAACAGUUUUUUAAAGCCUGGGAGGCUGUCGUUUCCGCAACGCCCAUCCUACGAACUCGAAUUAUUGAUCUCGAUGAGCGUGGCUUAGUUCAAGUCAUUGUCGACGGACCCAUCAGUUGGUCUCGGAAGGACGAAUUAAUCAGCCUCAAAGAUUAUGAAAUGGUUGACAGGCAGCUCACCACAGGCCUGGGCACACCUAUGGCACGAUUUGCUGUGCUUCAAGACCCAGUUGAUGGCAGUCGGUUCUUUGUCUGGACCAUUCAUCAUGCUCUCUACGACGGCUGGUCCAUUCCUCUAAUGCUGAAUCAGCUUGAAGCCACAUAUUCUUUGAAUGGAGGCAGCGUCCUUCCUUUCCCGCCUCCCUUUCAAACCUUUGUCAAGCAUAUCAUGGACAUUGAUCAGAGUAUUGUCGCCACGUACUGGGAGGAGCAAUUUCAGGGUUCUGAAGCUCAGAUUUUCCCGUCACUUCCGUCUGUCACGUACCAGCCAAUGUCAAAUGCCUUCAUCAAGCAUCGUUUCCAGGGUUUAAACUGGCCAAAGUCUGAUGUAACGCCCUCCAUGGUGAUACGGGCAGCAUGGUCACUUUUGGCUACAAAGUAUACCGAUAGCUCUGAUACUGUCUUCGGUGUUACUGUUUCCGGACGACAGGCUAGAGUGCUGGACGUUGAGCGAAUUAUUGGACCUACAAUUGCUACAGUUCCUGUGAGAGUCGCUUUUGAAUGGGCAAAGAUGACUGUAGAGAAACUCUUACGUCGAGUUCAGGCCCAAGCAGUGGAGAUGACGGCGUUCGAACAGAUGGGACUGCAACGCAUCCGGCGCGUAAGUGCGGAAGCUGAAAGAGCGUGUGGAUUCCAGACUUUGCUCGUUGUGCAUCCCGUUGAGGAUGAUAAGGAGAAGAAUACGAGUAGCCGCUGGUUUAUAAGCAGACGGGAUGAAAAUGGAGAGGACGACACUAAUGUGACUGAGUACGACACGCACGCUCUGACAAUCGAGUGUAGUCUGGAACGGCAGGGAGUGAGACUGCGUAUCGCGUACGAUGCCAAUAUCCUGGACUUUCAGCAAGUCAAGAGACUGGCCACCCAACUUGAGCACGUUAUUCGACAAUUGUGCAUCCCGGAAAAUGCUAGCAAGAGUCUGUCCAGCAUCGACAUGGUAAGUGCCCAAGACAAGCGGGAUAUUUGGGAGUGGAACGACGCCUGCCCUGAGGCUCUGAACACUUGCCUUCACGAUAUGAUUUCGAAGACAGCUCAGAUGCUCCCGGAUGCUUUGGCAGUAAACGCCUGGGAUGGUGAUUUCUCUUAUCGCCAGCUUAACGAUUUAUCUACUUGUCUUGCCCAUCAUCUCGCUAGUAUUGGUGUCGGUCCCGAGACUAUUAUUCCCCUUUACUUUGAAAAGUCUAAGUGGACCCCAAUUGCAAUGCUGGCUGUUAUGAAAGCGGGCGGCGCAUCAGUUUUGAUGGACUCACGCCAGCCGGAGGAUCGUCUUCGAGCCAUCAUAGACCAGAUUAAGCCUGUUGCGGUGGUAUCCUCCUCGAGCAAUGAGGAGCUGGCAAGCAAACUAACGAACACACCGAUUAUUAUUCUUAGCAGCAAACAUUUUGAGCGAGUUUGGGGUGAAAAACGUGUUGAUCAACUUCCCCAAGUCCAGCCGUGGAAUAAAGCGUACUUGAUUUUCACGUCGGGCAGUACCGGUAUACCCAAGGGUGCUAUACUAACCCAUGCAAAUGUGUGCAGCGCCGUACGCUAUCAGCAGCUUGCUCAGGGAUACACCCCGGAUGCUCGAGUGUACGACUUUACCUCGUAUGCUUUUGAUACAGCAUGGAAUAACUUCAUGCAUACUUUUACUAUUGGUGCCUGCUUGUGCAUCCCCUCCGAAAGCGAACGUAGAGACGACCUUGCUGGAUCCAUCAGGCGAUUCAAGCCUACAAUCCUCGACAUCACCCCAUCUGCCGCGACGGCCUUGCAGUACAGCACUAUUCAGUCUCUGCGCACGUUGAUUCUAGGUGGCGAGAGACUAUCUCCAGAGUAUGCCGAGAGAUGGAGAGCACUUGUCGACUUGAAGCUAUGCUACGGACCGUGUGAGUGCACACCCACGGCAACUGUUGCCACUGUUGAUCGCAGUAUUCAUGGCGAACCGACGAUUGGACGUGGGAUUGGCAUGCUGUGCUGGAUUGCCGAUUCCAAGAAUCAUAAUACACUUGUUCCAAUUGGCGCAAUCGGUGAGCUUGUCUUAGAAGGCCCUCUCGUUGGCCACGGCUAUCUAGGCGACGAAGCAAAGACUAAUGCAGUCUUUAUUCAUAACCCUCCGUGGCUACUGCGCGGCGGGGCUGGAAAGUCUGGACGUGGUGGUCGCCUUUACAAGACUGGUGACCUCGUGAGGUAUAACUCUGAUGGUGCUCUUUUAUUUGUCGGCCGAAAGGAUGCUCAGGUCAAGAUAAAUGGUCAGCGAGUCGAGCUCGGCGAAGUUGAGAAUCACAUGGCUCGCCAUCCACUUACGCGCCAGUCUGCGUCUUUGUAUCCCAACUCAGGUCCUUGCGCAAAGAAGCUGGUUGGAGUCUUCAGUUUGGAGAACAUUCAUAGGGCUGAUAAUACCCCCCCUAUCGAACUUGUUGGGGCAGAUGAUGGUACUGCGGUCCAGGACCACAUUCACGCGUUACAGGGUCUGUUGGGUGAGGCUCUGCCCUCAUACAUGGUCCCGUCUGUUUGGGUUGCUCUCAAAGACAUCCCCUUGAAUCCUUCAGGCAAGCUCAAUCGACGCGCUGUCGAGGACUGGUUGCUCCGAAUGGACUCGGAAACGUUUGCCAGAAUCAACAAUACGGGCUUCGCGCCUGCAGCCCGUGAGCCCAGGACAGACUCUGAGCGUAUCCUUUGCGACGCUUGCAGCGUUAUUUUGAACGUCCCUCUUUCCGAGAUAAACCUCCAACGCUCCUUUGUUGCUAAUGGCGGCGACUCCAUCUCGGCCAUGCGUCUCUCGUCCUACUGUCGCGUCGCCCGCCUUAUUUUCUCAGUAAGCGUGCUGCUAAGAAGCAAAUCGCUUGCCGAUGUGGCACAGUUUUCUACAAUUGCCACAGAUACUACAGUCAAUCGCACCAAGGAAUAUCGAGAGGAAUUUGGCAAGGCCUUUACGCUGUCGCCUAUUCAGAAAUGGUUUUUCGCCCAAACACCUUCUGAAAAUGUCACUAAGGAGGACUACUACUGCAAUCAAGGGUUCUACGUGAAGAUUUUCCGCCCUGUCUUGACCAGAGACGUCUCUAUGGCCAUUAGUAUAAUUGUCAAACAGCACUCUAUGCUUCGCGCUCGGUUCGAACGUUCCCAAAGCGGUUGGAUGCAGCGUGUUCCUAAACCAGCCGAUGCUGUUUAUCAUUUUGGCUCUUCAGAUGCUCAGUCUAUACAUGAAAUCAAGGCAAGCACGAUCAAGAGCCACCAAAGCCUAGACAUUGAACGUGGUCUAGUUUUCGCAGCAGACCUAUACAAUUUACCAUCUGGAGAUCAAUAUCUAACCCUUAUCGCACACCAUUUGGUCGUUGAUCUUGUUUCGUGGCGUAUCAUACUAGAUGACCUUGAGGCCUUGCUUACUGGGAAGAAACUCCUAGACAGUUUUCCUUUCCAGGUCUGGAGCGAGUUACAAACUAACGAGGCCCAGUCCUCUAAGUUCGCGCCGGAUAGAGUCCUCUCUACUAAAAAUGUGCACAAUAACCACGCAUUCUGGAACUUCACCGAGCAUACCUCCAAUACUGCCAUGGACCACAUUGAAAAGAAGACUGAAGUAGAUAAGGCUACGACAGCCCUGCUACUCAAAGACGCUAAUACUGCAUUCAAUACAGAGCCUAUUGAUCUGAUUCUUUCCUCUAUUUGGGACGCUUUUUUCCAUGUAUUCCCUCAGCGAGAGGGCCUUACUAUUUUCAACGAAGGUCAUGGCCGCGAACCGUGGACAACAGACGUUGACUUGUCCCGCACUGUUGGCUGGUUUACGACAAUCAGUCCUAUUCACAUUUCUCGCAGCGAUGGAAACAGCCCUGCUAAUAUUACAAGGCUAGUCAAGGAUGCACGGAGGCGGCUAUCCUCUAACGGUUGGGCCUACUGGUUUCAGCAGCUAGAGCGUUCUGAAUCUCUUUUCGAAGUCGUCAACUUUGAUGACAGCGUAUCGCCGGUUGGGCCGUCUCUACCAACAUCGGUUUUAUUCGAUAUCAACGUUGUCAUUGAAGCUGGGAUAGCCAAGUUCUCUUUUUCCUGGAACCGACACCUUGCUCACCAGGACAUGAUCCAGGCAUGGGUAGAACGAGUUAACACCUCGCUGCAGUCAAUCUGCUUUGAGCUCUCCAAGAGACGUCCUGAGCGCACUCUCUGUGAUUACGAGUUUCUCAACCUUGAUUAUAGAGGACUUGACGAGCUACAUACUAACGUCUUAAGCCAUAUUGAGGCUUUAAAUGACACGCAAGUCGAGAAUGUCUACCCAUCUUCUCCCAUGGUGGAUGGAAUUCUUCUCAGUCAAAUGAAAGGGACAGGCUCAUACGAAACUUCCCAAACUUGGGAGAUACGACCUCGUGGAUCUCACGUAAUUAAUGCCGGCGCUUUAGUUGAUGCAUGGCAAGCCGUUGUCGCUCGACACCCCUCUUUACGUACCGUCUUCAUUCAUAGUAUGGAUGCCUCGGCUGCAUUUAACUCUGUUGUGCUCAAGUCCUGUCUCGGGGAUGUUGUUCUCCUCGAAAGCAACAGCUUCGAAUCAGCACUUGACAGGUUCAAGGAACUCCCCAGCAUCGACUACACGCAGGAUAAACCGGCCCAUAGAUUGGUGCUCUGCACUAUAUUAGGUGAUAAUCGCGUUAUUUGCAAGAUUGAAAUGAGCCACGCCAUUUCCGACGGCGCUUCAACAGCUAUCACAAUGCGGGACUGGGCCAAAGCCUACUCAGGCGAACUUGAUAUUGGGGAGUUUCGGAACAUUAGCCAAGGAUUUUCUCUGGCCCUUACGUCCUUGUCUAAAGCUGAUAAGAUGGCGUACUGGAAGAAGAAACUAUCUGCCAUGGAGCCUUGCCACUUCCCAAGACUGGCCGAAGCCGGAUCGGCGGCUGAUGAGCGUGCUACCGGAGUGGCUACCUUGGAACUUGGUGAUGAAACUUUCCACCACAUUCAGCGAUUCUGCGAGGCUCAGUCGAUCACACCUGCCAGCUUGUUUCAGAGCGCCUGGGCUCUUACCCUGUCUGCCUACACAGGUUCUGACUCAGUCUGCUUCGGAUAUCUGUCAUCUGGCCGAGAUUUCCCUGUUAAGGGUAUUAUGGAAUCUAUCGGUGCGUUUGCUAACGUCAUGAUAUGUCGUACCGACAUAUCUCGAGAAUGGAGUGGGCAGGACUUGAUCAAUCACGUCCACAAUCAAGUCUUGGAAGACCUUGGCUUCCAGCAUUGCUCGAUUGCUGAUAUCCAGCACGAACUAGGCCUACCAUAUGGCCAGAAUCUCUUUAAUUCUAUUAUAUCCUUCCAAAGGGAUAGUGAUAGCCUAUCUGAAGGCAUGGUGACAGAAGAUCUAGUGUUUGCUGACCUUGAAUGGGAAGAUCCGACCGAAUAUGACCUCACAAUCAGCAUCAGACACACUGACACUUUGGUCUGCUUCACAGUUGAUCACCGACUAGCCUGCGUAUCCAAUGACCAGGCGCGGAGUGUCGUUUCGCUUCUAGAAAAGGUGGUCAAAUUUCUCGUUAGCGAUGACAAAGCUACCUCUGCAGCUGUCAACAAACCACAAAAUCAACUGUCUGCAAUGGAGAACAUCAGCGAGAAAGAUUUGCAAGACAUUUGGAGGUGGAACAAAACAGUACAUGAGGUUGUUCAUGGACUCGUACACGAUAUUAUUGCGGAUGUGACCCAUAAAAACCCUCAUGCCUCCGCUAUUUGUGCCUGGGAUGGCGAUUUCAGCUAUACCGAGUUGAAUAGUAUUGCUACUAAACUCGCCCAUUAUUUGGUUACUCUGGGCAUUGGACCAGAGGUUAUUGUACCUUUAUAUUUUGAGAAAUCAAAAUGGAUGCCUGUGGCUAUGCUUGCUGUUAUGAAAGCAGGCGGUGCGUCCGUAGCUCUAGAUAGAACUCUUCCAGAGGAACGUCUACGCAGCAUUAUUCAACAGGUUAAUCCUGUAGUCAUCCUGACAUCAGCAGCAAAUGAGGAAAUGGCAAAGCGUCUUGCAGACUGUGUCACGGUUCCUGUCAGCGAUGCUCAUCUUGCGAAGUUAAGCAUGCCCUCCGGUUCCCUGCCGGAUGUCAAGCCGAUCAACAGGUUGUAUAUUGUCUUCACAUCUGGCAGCACUGGAGUUCCCAAGGGCGUGGUAAUCACACAUUCUAAUUUUUGUAGCGCUGUUCGCUACCAACAACAAGCUUUAGGUUUCAAAAGCACAUCGCGCGUGUACGAUUUCGUCAAGUAUGCCUUCGAUGUCACUUGGUCUAACUUCUUGCACACCAUGACGUCCGGCGCCUGCUUGUGCAUUCCUUCUGAAGACGAGACUUCUAAUAACAUAACCGGCUCCUUGUUAUCGUAUAAAGCAAAUUUUGCCGAUUUAACACCAUCCGUCGCAAGCACUCUGCGCCCAGCUGACCUCACCACUCUGGAUCACUUGCUAUUUAGUGGUGAGGCAUUGACAACCCAUCUUGCUGCACAAUGGGCUGAACAGGCGACUGUUUUAAACACCUAUGGUCCUGCAGAGUGCAGUGUUAAGGCAACCUUCGCUGUGGUGGGCAAAGCCGAUGCGUCUGCUGCUAGCAUAGGCACAGGAUUUGGCAUGUGCACCUGGGUUGUGCAUCCCACCAACCAUGACAAGCUUGUGCCAAUUGGCGUCGUUGGCGAACUUCUACUUGAAGGGCCUCUUGUCGGGGCAGGGUACCUGGAUGAUCCUGCGAAAACCCUAGAGGCCUUUAUCGAAAACCCGGCUUGGCUCGUUCAUAGAGCGCCGGGGCGCGGAGGGCGGCUAUAUAAGACAGGAGACUUGGUCCGAUAUAAUAUUGACGGAAGCAUGACCUUUAUAGGUCGCAAGGAUGCUCAAGUUAAAAUUAAUGGUCAGCGAUUAGAGCUUGGGGAUGUUGAGCACCACGUCUGCAAUAAUAUCGCCUACCAUGCGCCGGUCCGGGUUUUUGCUGAGGUUAUCAAGCCCCAGAAAAGCGACAAAUCCGUGCUCAUAGCAUUUAUUCAUGUCGAGGAUGGGGUAGCAAUGAAUACGUCGCAACGCGCCAAGCAGACUGGCAAGAUUACAGCUGGCUUGAACGAGAGACUUUCCACACAAAUUCCUAGUUAUAUGAUCCCAUCCGCUUACCUAUUACUGGAUGAGGCUCCCCUGACGGCAACCGGCAAGACUGACCGUCGACGUCUGCGCGAAAUUGGCCAGCAGCUAACGUUCGAAGAGAUCAUGGCGCUGAACUAUAACAGCGGAGAAUAUAAACGUCCCAGCAGUACCAUGGAGAAACGUCUGCAAAGCCUAUGGGCAUCCGUUCUUGGUGUUAAGGAGGACUCUAUCAGCGCGGAUGAUAGUUUCCUUCGGAUCGGAGGUGAUUCCAUCGGAGCCAUGAAGUUGGUAGGUAUCGCUCGGGAGGAGGGACUUGCACUUACUGUCACCAUGAUCUUCAAGCAGCCUAAGCUAUGCGAUCUGGCAAAGGUUGUCAGGCAGGUCUCACCUGCUGACUGCGAGAUCAUCCAGCCGUUCUCGCUGCUAAAGUCUGGUAUUGAUUCUGAGGCGGCUCAGGAUCAAGUUGCCAACCUGUGCCAGAUUGAUACCAGCCAAAUCGAGGACAUCUUCCCCUGUACCCCACUACAGGAAGGCCUUCUUGCACUGACAGCGAAGAGAGCUGGCGAUUACGUUGCUCAGUAUGUGCUGCCUCUGCAAAAGACGACCGAUGCCACUCGUUUUAAAAGAGCUUGGGAACAUGUGCUGCAGAUGACUCCUAUUCUGCGCACCCGCAUUGUUGACCUCCCGGACCAAGGCCUAGUACAGGUUGUGCUUAAGGAAAAUGUGUAUUGGUCUCAGUGCUCAAGCGUGAGCGAGUAUAAACAAGCAGACCAGAGGCUAGUCAUGGGUAUGGGCAAGUGUCUUGUCCGAUACGCUAUCACCGAUGUACCUGAUUACAAGCAGCGUUUCGUCUUCGUAUGGACCGUGCAUCACGCGCUCUACGAUGGAUGGUCCAUGCCACGUAUCAUGGAGAGAUUAGAGCAGGCGUACAAGGGGGAGGUGGUUCUCCGGCAGUCUCCUCCCUUCCAGCGCUUCGUUAAACACAUUAUUAAUAUCGACGAGGAGCUUGCCAAGCAAUUCUGGCAAGCGCAGUUUGAAGGAUCGGAGGCACAGGUGUUUCCUGUGUUACCAUCGCCCACGUAUCAGCCAACUGCAAAUUCAUCUACCACCCACUAUAUCGAUUGCCUGGACUGGCCCAGGACCGAUAUCACCGCAUCAACUGCCAUCCGCACAGCGUGGUCUAUCCUAGCUGCUAAAUACACAAACUCUAAUGAUGUGGUCUUUGGUGUCACAGUGAACGGUCGGCAUGCCGCUGUGCAUGAAGUAGACGAAAUGACAGGCCCUACUCUUGCAACCGUGCCUGUCCGAGUGGCCUUUGAUUGGGAGCAGACGGUUGAAUCAUGCCUCUUGCAGGUUCAGGAGCAAUUGGUAGAAAUGGCUGCUUUUGAACAGACAGGCCUGCAGAGAAUCCGCCAAAUGGGCGUCAAGGCCAAACAGGCCUGUAACUUUCAGACACUGUUGCUGAUACACCCCCCGGAAGAGGCUACGCAGCUCGAAACCCAGCUUUUUGCUCGCAAAAGAGAAGACAAUGAUGAUGAUGGGGAGGAGGAGGAGGAGGAGGAGGAUCAACUUGCCCAAUUUGACACGCAUGCCCUUACCAUUGAAUGUGACUUGGCACAGCAUGGCAUGACUUUGAGGUUUGAGUUUGAUAACAGCAUUAUGAGUCAGCGUCGAAUCGAAAAACUGGCCGGCCAGAUCGAGCACGUCCUGCGACAGUUGUGCGAUCCAGAACAAGGAAAGAAGCGGCUCACAGAUAUUGAGACGGUUAGCAGGGAGGACCUCAAAGACAUAUGGGGAUGGAAUGCUACUGUGCCGGAGACCGUUCAGACUCCGGUACACGAAAUAGUCAUCGCCAUAUCCCAGAAACAACCUGAAGCUCCUGCUAUUUGCGCUUGGGAUGGUGACUGGAAUUAUGGACAACUACACGAUCUAUCCUCGCGCUUAGCUCAUUACCUCGUACGUCUUGGGGUAGGUCCCGAAGUAAUUAUUCCUCUGUGCUUCGAAAAAUCAAGAUGGAGUCCUGUUGCGAUUCUUGGUGUUAUGAAAGCUGGCGGGGUUUGUGUGACGGUUGAUUCGAACUUGCCGGAGGAUCGCCUUGUUAGCAUCGUGCAGCAAGUCAAGCCAACACUAAUCCUUUCAUCCUCGGCGAAUAAGGACCUGGCUACGCAGUUGUCAGCCGGUAAGCCUGUGCUCGUAAUCAAUGAGGAGUUAUUACUUGCUCUGGAACCGUCGGCAUUGGAGCCCCUGCCAAAGGUGCAGCCUUCCAACACGCUAUACAUUGUUUUUACCUCCGGCAGUACUGGCACACCUAAAGGUGUGCGCAUUACGCAUUCCAACUUUAGCAGUGCUAUGCUGCACCAGCAUAGUGCUCAUAAUUUCGACAGCAUAGCCAACCCGCGGGUCUAUGACUUUGCAUCAUAUGCCUUCGAUACAUCUUGGCAGAAUAUGCUUGCCACUUUUGACUGUGGUGGAUGUUUAUGCAUUCCGUCAGAAGCCGAGCGGCGCGAUGACCUAGCUGGUUCUAUCGAACGCUUUGGAGUUACUCAUAGUGAGCUCACGCCUUCUGCUGCCAUGGUGCUACCUCUAUCAACGCUUAAGAAUCUGGAUACCCUAGUGCUUGGUGGCGAGAGGCUUCAAGAAGAGUAUGCUAAAAGAUGGGCAUCGCUGGUAACCGUCAAGAAUUCAUACGGCCCUUGCGAAUGCACUCCGACCUCUACCGUCGCAGAUGUCGACCCUGUCAAUUUCAACGGAGCAAGCAUCGGUAGAGGCAGAGGUGUAAACACAUGGGUCGUGGACACGACAACUGGCGACUCUUUAGUGCCAGUAGGAGGCAUUGGCGAGUUGAUGCUCGAGGGACCACUUGUCGGGCCCGGAUAUCUAGGAGAUCCGGAAAAGACUGCCUCUGUCUUUAUCAACAACCCGCCCUGGCUUACUCGAGGGGCUCCGGAACAUUCUGGCCGCGAGGGCCGUUUGUAUAAAACUGGUGACUUGGUCUGCUACAAUGAGGAUGGCACCCUGACAUUUGUCGGUCGUAAGGAUGCUCAGGUUAAGAUCCACGGUCAGCGCGUCGAAUUAGGCGAUAUCGAAAAUCAUAUUAUGCGCCAUCAUCUUACAAGACAAUCGGCCUGUCUGCUUCCCAAGACCGGGCUUUGGGCAAAUACACUUGUCAGCGUCUUUAGUAUCCAAAAAAUCCAGCAAAGCUUUGACGAAGUCGACGCCACCUCGGGUCAACAGACACCCUCUCUCGCCAGUGUUUCUAGCUCAACAUCGCCCGAUACCGACUUAACUAGUAGCAGCUGGAGUUCGAUAGAAGAUUCGGCUACCCCGUCAUCACAGCCCAGCACGGAUAUUGUUCUUGAAGAUCCUACUACCACCAUUCAGGAUUACAUUACAACCAUGCAAAGCAUCCUCGAAAGCUCGCUUCCUUCCUACAUGGUCCCUACCCGGUGGAUCGCGCUCAAGGAAAUUCCACUCAACCCUUCCGGAAAGCUCAAUCGUAAGCAGGUUGAAAAUUGGCUCACUGAUAUGGAUCAGGAGACGUAUGUCAAGCUUUCUAGCAUUGAUAACAACUUGAUUUGCCGGGAACCAGAAACCGAGGCGGAACGCGUUCUUCGAAAUGCGUGUAGCCUGAUUUUAAACAUACCAGCCUCUGAGAUUAAUCUUCAACGCUCCUUCGUAGCUAAUGGCGGCGACUCCAUAUCGGCGAUGCGGCUGAGCCCACACUGCCGUUCUCAUAAUGUCGUCUUCUCUGUCGCUACUUUGCUAAAGGCUAGGUCUUUGGCUGAGGUUGCUAAGCUCUCCUCAGAAGUGACAGGUCUAAUACUCCCUCGGACUGAAGACUUUGACAAACCGUUCCAUUUAUCGCCAAUUCAGCAAUGGUUCUUCAACCAGUCGCCUAAUUAUCUUGUUGACAAAGCAGGCCAUUAUUGCAACCAAUCAUUCUACGUCCGGAUCAACCAAGUAGUCAAUGUAAAGGAGGUUCGCGUCGCUAUUUCAAAAGUUGUGGAGUUACACUCGAUGCUUCGUGCCCGCUUCCAGAAGCAAGACGAUGUCUGGACCCAAAGCAUUCCACAAGCCACCGAGGCCGUCUACCACUUUGAGGCUGUCAAGCUAAAAUCCAUGAGCGAGAUGCAAUCUCUUGCAGCUCAGCGUCAACAGAGUUUAAACUUUGAACGCGGCCUCGUCUUUUCUGCUGAUCUUUGCGAACUUUCUGCAGGAGAGCAGUACCUUAUUCUCGUUGCACAUCACUUGGUUAUUGAUCUUGUCUCUUGGAGAAUAAUCUUGGACGACCUUGAGGCUCUUCUCACUGGCAGAACCAUGUUAGAAAGCCUCCCAUUCCAAAUCUGGAACGACCUACAAUAUCAAGAGGCCAAAAGUUCUAGAUUCGACCCAGACCACGUUUUAUCCACGGAGGGCGUCAGGAAUGAUUUGGCCUUCUGGGAUUUUACACCAGACACUCCGAAUGCGACACAAGAUCACAUCGACAAGACAUUUAUAAUCGAUCGGGACACCACUUCACUCACCUUAAAGGAAGCGAAUAACGCCUUUAAUACUGAGCCUGUCGACUUGCUCCUAUCAGCAGUGUGGGACGCGUUCUUUCGCAUCUUCCCAUUACGGGAUGGCCUCACAGUGUUCAAUGAAGGCCACGGCCGUGAGCCCUGGAAUGCUGAAAUUGACCUAUCUCGGACAGUUGGUUGGUUUACCACGAUGAGCCCAAUACAUGUGUCACGAAGCAUCGGUAAUAAUUCCGUCAACAUUGUGAGGCUCAUCAAGGAUGCAAGAAGGAAAUUGCCCGCCAACGGAUGGGCCUACUUUGUUUCUAGGUACCUCAACAGCAAGGGUGUCAAAGCUUUUGGUUCCCACGAUUCUGUCAUGGAGGUAGUUUUCAACUACCAUGGUCAGUUCCAACAGCUCGAACGGGAUCACUCCUUGUUCGACAGCAUAGCUCUUGAUAACGUCUCUGACGUGGGACCAAAUCUGCCCGCUUCCUCUCUAUUCAACAUCAACAUGUCUAUUGAGGGCGGACAAACCCAUGUUUCAUUUGCUUGGAAUCGUCACAUCUCUAACCAGGGCCUCAUCCGCGAAUGGAUUGAUCAGAUAGGGCCUUCUUUGGAGGCCAUCUGUAAGAGCCUUAGAAAUAGGUCCAGUGAACGAACACUCGUUGAUUACGAGUUUCUUAGUUUGGACUAUACCACCCUGGAUGGCCUCCAGAGCCGAAUCAUUCCCGAAAUCGAGAGCCUCAACGGCACGGUAGUAGAGGAUAUUUAUCCUUGCUCUCCAAUGGUGGAAGGUAUUUUACUGAGCCAAUUAAAGGAUGUCGGAUUCUACGAAACAUCUCAGCUGUAUGAGAUCAGAACGCGUGGCUCUCACGUCAUUAAUAUGCGGCAGCUGUCUACAGCCUGGAAAGACGUGAUUGCCCGUCAUCCAUCUCUGCGAAGCGUUUUUAUCGAGAGCCUAGAUUCCAGUAUGGCUUUUAACCAAGUCGUCCUCAAAGAGAUCCACGGUGAUGUUGUGCUGCUGGAGAGUGGUAACCUCGAUUCAGCGCGAGCGCUGAUGCAAAAGCUUCCCAAGGUCAAGUACCACAAGCUCAAGCCCCCUCACCGCGUUUCUCUCUGCCAAGUCCAAGAUACGAAUAGCAUACUUUGUCAAAUCGAAAUGAGCCACACUAUUACUGACGGCGCAUCCACCGGGAUCCUCAUCGAAGAUUGGGCCAAGGCCUACAAGGGCGUCUUGGGCAAAGAUAAUCUAAUCGAGACGAGCCGAGGAUUCGCGCGAGCCUUAACUUCUAGUAUUUCAGAAAGCAAAAGGUCUUAUUGGAAGAAGAAGCUAGCUGACCUUCAGCCCUGUCUAUUCCCCCAUCUAGAUAAGAUUUCCGAACCCUCAGAAGUGGUAUCCUGGUCAGUAGUAGAGAUAAACGGCGCAGACUUUGCUGCUAUCCAAAAAUUCUGCGAGACUCACUCAAUCACUCCUGCCAGUUUAUUCCAUGCAGCCUGGGCACUCACAUUGGCGUCAUAUACCGGGACACAUAGUGUUUGCUUUGGUUAUAUUGCUUCAGGCAGAGACCUACCCGUUCCGGAUAUAGGGGAAGCCAUCGGCGCGUACGCCAACAUGAUGGUCUGCCGCGCAGACAUCUCACCAGAGUGGAACAAAAAACGUUUCGUACAAUACCUCCACCACCAGGUCCUAGAAGAUAUGGGAUAUCAACACUGUUCUCUGGCUGAUAUACAGCAUGAUUUGGGCAUUAUUUCUGGACAGCAGCUGUUUAAUACAAUUAUGUCUUUCCAGAAAGAUGUUGAUGAUCUCCAAGACGGGCAUAUUAGUCAAGAACUGGACUUUAUCGAUGAAGACGGAGAUGACCCUACAGAAUACGAUGUUGCAAUCAGCAUCACCGUCGGUGCUAAGCUGGCGAAGCUGUUCAUCAACUGCCUGCCGUCGCGAUUCAGCAAUGAGCAGGCCCACCGCAUCGUGUCUCUGUUCAAGACUGCCGUCACCAGGCUGAUUAGAGACGACAUUCCUCAGAGCUAUGAGAGCACACUACGCAGCAUCGACUUGAUCAGCAAGGAUGACCUGAAAGAUAUCUGGCAAUGGAACUCAAUCGUACCUGAGGCUGCCGAUUCAUGUCUUCAUGAUCUUAUCAGAACAAGGGCGCAAAGACAACCUGAAGCGUAUGCUGUUAAUGCAUGGGAUGGUGACUGGACAUAUGGCCAGCUGGAGCACAAUGCCACGCAACUAGCCUAUCAUCUUGCAGGCCUUGGUGUCGGACCUGAUGUUAUCGUCGCUAUCUAUGUUGAAAAGUCGCGCUGGGCGCCUGUGGCCAUGUUAGCAGUCAUGAAACUUGGCGGAGCUUCAAUUAUGAUGGAUUCGUCUCAGUCGGAAAACAUUCUUCGCGCUAUCAUGGAGCAAUCGAAGCCAAUGCUGCUACUUUCGUCAAGCUCAAUCGCACCGCUCGCAGCCAAGCUUACAGAGCGGCCUAUUCUCGUUGUCAAUGACGAUCUUCUCGAAACAUUGGCAACAGCAACUGCUGUUUCUCUACCCGUUGUCCAGUCAUCAAGUAUGGCGUGCCUCAUACUUUCCUCGGCAAGUACCGGCCCGUCAAAGGUCGCGAUCUUGACACAUGCCAACUUGUGUAGCGCUGUGAAGUACCAACAAGAUGCCCUGGGAUACAAGCCUGACACGAGGGUCUAUGAUUUCAUGCCAUAUAGCUUUCAUAUAACCUGGGAGAUUUUCGCCCACGUAUUUACUAUCGGCGGUUGCCUUUGUGUUCCUUCAGAGUCUGAACAUAAAGGCGUCCUCGCGGAUUCGAUAUCCCGCUGGCAACCCACAAUCAUAAACAUUACCCCGGCAGCCGCUGCUAUGCUUUCGGACAGCACUGUCCAGUCAUUAGAGACUUUAAUAUUAUGCGGUGAACGUCUUUCAACAGAUAUGGCCAGGCGUUGGGCUCCACUGGUAGACCUAAGGUUUACGUACGGCUGUUGCGAAUGCACCCCAAUAGCUACCGUGGGUAUUGUUCGCCCGGAGGAUGCUGAUGAGCCCAGAAUUGGCAGAGGUGUCGGUGUUAACACAUGGAUUACUGAUGCACGAGAUGGCACAAGCCUGGUACCCAUUGGCAGCAUCGGUGAGCUCGUGCUGGAAGGACCAUUGGUUGGCGCUGGCUACCUAGGCGAUGCCGAAACAACGACGGCAGCCCUCAUUCACAACCCACCAUGGCUCAAUCGUGGUAGUGGCGAUCCAAAAUAUCCAGGCCGCACAGGCCGACUAUUCAGAACCGGUGAUCUAGUCCGUUAUGAUAAGGAUGGCUCCUUGACAUUUAUUGCGCGCAAGGAGGCUCAGGUCAAGAUUCACGGUCAACACGUGGAGCUAGAAGACAUAGAGAAUCACAUGGUGCGCCUGCCAUCCAUACGUCGAGCUGCUUGCUUGGUCCCUAAAUCUGGACCCUUUGCCGGCAAACUUGCUGGCGUUUUUAGUCUUGAUGGGGUGUACGAAGACGAUAGCGAUGCCGAUAAUACUGUACUUCAUCUCGUAACAAGAGACAGGGCUGAGGAAGUACAAGACAAUAUUUCGUCUCUACAGGCGUUGCUGGACAACUCAGUCCCUGUGUACAUGGUUCCAGAUGUCUGGGUAGCACUGAAGAACAUUCCUGUCGAUCAUUCCGGCAAACUGGACCGCAAGUUGGUUGAGAACUGGCUUUCUAGCCUCGAUGCAGAGAUGUCUGCCAGAAUUUCCAAUGCCGUAUCGUCAGCCAGCAGCCCAAUCACCACGACAGAGAGAGUGAUCCAGGACGCAUGCAGCCACAUUCUAAAUAUUCCUGCCAACCAUAUCAAUAUGCAGCGAUCUUUUAUCGCCAAUGGCGGUGACUCUAUAUCUGCAAUGCGUGUUAGUCCGUAUUGCCGCGCCUCUGGUAUACUAGUAUCUGUUGCGUCACUACUCAGGAGUAAAAAGCUCGUUGAUGUCGCCGAGUCUGCAACUGUUGCGAAGGGCCCUUCUCUAUCCCGGGAGGAGGACUUCGACAAGCCUUUCAGUCUUUCACCAAUACAGCAGUGGUUCUUUGCCCAGUCCCCGCCAGACAAGGUAAAUACCACACGCUAUUACUGCAACCAGGCCUUCUAUGUUCAGAUUAAGCGCCCGAUGUCCCCAGAUCACGUCUCUCUUGCUAUUCGCAAGAUAGUUCAGGAGCACUCCAUGUUGAGAGCACGAUUUCAUCUGGAUAAAACGAAAGGCUCCUGGACGCAACUGAUUCCAAAGCCAAGAGAUGCCCUCUACCACUUUGCACCUCUGCAGGCUGACACCCUUCCCGCUGUCCAGUCAGUGAUAUCUCAGCGCCACCAAGAGUUGGAUAUUGAGCGUGGGUUGGUCUUUGCCGUCGACAUGUUCACCCUCCCAUCCGGCGAGCAAUACCUUGCACUCAUUGCUCAUCAUUUAGUUGUCGACUUGGUGUCCUGGCGUAUCAUAUUAGAGGAUUUAGAGUCCCUUCUCAACGGCGGUACGGUCCUCGAAGAGCUACCCUUCCAAGUCUGGCAUAGUCUUCAGAAACAAGAAGCCCAGUCGCCAAACUUUGCACCAGAGAGGGUCUUGUCCAGCGAGGUUCACAAUGAGCUCGACUUCUGGAACUACACUCCAACCACCCCCAAUACCUUCGAUGACCAUAUCGAGGAAUCCUUCGAGGUCGACUGUGCGACAACUGCGAUUUUACUUAAAGCAGCUAACAGGGCAUUUAAUACUGAGCCAGUUGAUAUCAUUCUAGCGUCAGUUUGGGAUGCAUUCUUUAACACCUUUAAGAUGCGUAAUGGUCUUACAAUUUUCAAUGAAGGCCACGGCCGAGAGCCAUGGGGGGCUGAAAUCGAUCUAUCCCGAACUGUUGGUUGGUUCACUACAAUGACCCCGAUGCACGUAUCGCGUGAUCACACGAGGUACAACAGUGCGAGAGUUGUCAAGGAUAUGAGAAGACAGCUGCCCUCGAAUGGCUGGGCCUACUUUACCUCGCGCUAUCUCAAUGAUGAGGGCAUCAAGGCCUUUGAGUCUCAUGAUUGUGUCAUGGAAGUGCUUUUUAACUACCAUGGCCAGUUUCAGCAGUUGGAAUCCGACGACUCCUUAUUCGAGAAUGUCGCAUUCGAUAUUUUCGACGUCGGCUCUGACCUGCCCACCUCCGCACUCUUCAGCAUUAAUGCGUCCAUUGAAGGUGGCUUAACCAAAUUCACUUUUUCUUGGAACCGACAUAUCAGCCACCAGGAUCUCAUCCGAGACUGGAUCGCGCAGGUUGCUCCCUCGAUGCAGGCUCUUUGCAGCUCCCUGUUGGCCUGCGAGCCCUCACUCACUAUUGCGGACUAUGAAUUCUUGAACCUGGACUACAAAGGCCUCGAUGAGCUGCAGAAUCGUAUUCUUCCCGCCCUACAGUCCGAAACUGGCACUGCCAUCACCGACAUCUACCCUUGCUCGCCUAUGGUUGAUGGCAUGCUACUUAGUCAAAUAAAGGAUCCGGAAGCUUACAAGACGUUGCUCACGUAUGAGAUGAAACACCAUAAUAGCCUGCAGCAACUUAACAUUGAUGUUCUGGCCAACGCGUGGCAAGCCGUUGUUGCGCGCCACCCGGCCCUCCGCAGCGUUUUUAUCGAAGGUGUCGACAACAAGACAGCCUUUGUCCAGGCCGUACUCGAGACAUACCAAGGAGAGGUAAUAAUAUGUGAGGCUGAAAACAGGACAGCGGCUGUGACUACGAUUCGGAAAUUAGCUCCAGUUGACUAUCAGCGGCUCAAACCAGCUCAUCGCCUAGCUCUCUGUACGGCUAGGGAUGUCAACACAAUCAUCUGCCAGAUUGAAAUGAGCCACACAAUCGUUGAUGGCGCAUCUACCGCCAUAAUGCUAAAUGACUGGUCAAGGGCAUAUAGCGGAAUCUUGGGCACAGAAAAUUUAGGGGAGACGAACCGCAACUUCGUCCGGGCUCUCAAGUCGAGUCCUCUGGCCAACAAGAUGGCAUAUUGGAAGAAAAAGCUAGCCGGUCUUGAGCCAUGUCACUUUCCUACUCUUUCCGACGCGUCUUCACCUGGAAACUCCAUCGCUGUGGUUAGUACUAAUCUCGGAGGCGACGACUUUGCACGCAUACAGCGCUUCUGUGAAUCUGAAUCUGUUACCCCUGCGAGCAUAUUCCAAAGUGCCUGGGCGCUAUUGCUAUCAGCUUACACUAGCAAUGAUUCUGUGUGUUUUGGAUACAUUGCCUCUGGCCGUGACCUACCUAUUGAUGGCAUCGCAGAGUCUGUCAACGCUUAUGCUAAUAUGAUGAUUUGCCGCGCUGAUGUUUCGCGCCAUUGGACUCCGCGGCAGUUUGUCAAGCGUCUUCACGAUCAAGUCCUAGAGGACCUUGACUUUCAGCACUGCUCUCUUGCUGAUAUACAGCAUGACCUCCGGCUUUCUCCUGGAUACCCACUGUUCAAUACUAUUGUUUCAUUUCAAAAGGACGAUGCAGACGCGGCAGACGAUGUCGCUGUCGGAGAUUUAAUUUUUAUUGACAUGGAUCAUGAGGAUCCUACCGAGUAUGACAUUUCCUUCGACAUCAGCUAUGGCAAGUGCCAGGUGGCAUUUUCACUCGACUACCGCUUGUCUUGCCUGACAAACGAACAGGCCGAGCGUGUUAUUUCGCUGUUGAGCGCCAUCACCAUAUCAAUCGUUAGUGAAAAGAGAGCUUCAGCCACACUCGCUGCGAUUGACAUGGUCAGCCAAGGAGAUCUUGAGCAGAUCUGGAAGUGGAACUCUGUUGUUCCCGAGAAGGUGGAAGCAUUAGUACACGAUUUAAUAUCCGAAACGGCGCGUAAAUUCCCCAACGACCCGGCCAUCUGUGCCUGGGAUGGCGAUUGGACUUAUCAGCAGUUGGAUACCCUUUCCACAAAUCUCGCUUAUAAAUUAGUGAAACUCGGCGUCGGUCCUGAGCACAUGGUUCCGCUCUGCUUUGAAAAGACUCGCUGGACACCUAUAGCAAUGCUUGCAGUUAUGAAAGCUGGUGGUUCGAGCUUGGCGUUAGACACUGCCCUUCCUGAGGAGCGUCUGCGCAUCAUUAUGCAGCAGGUCAAGCCAACGAUUAUCCUAACUUCAUCAACCAGCCAGGACCUCGUGAGUCGCCUGACUACGGGCCUCGUCUUUACAGUUGAUGAGGCUAAUGUGUUUCCUCUGGAACCGCCUCCCAAUUCCGCUAUGAUUCUUUCUGAUGUGACGCCUUCUAACACGCUAUAUGUUGUGUUCACCUCGGGCAGUACUGGAACCCCAAAGGGCGUUACUAUUAAUCACGCAAAUUUUGCCAGUUCCCUUCGCCAUCAACACGGCGCACAUAACUUCAAGGCUGGUGCCCGAGUCUAUGACUUCGCAUCAUAUACAUUUGAUACGUCCUGGCAAAAUGUGCUUAGUACUCUUGAAUGCGGUGCAUGCCUCUGUAUUCCAUCAAAUUCAGAACGUCAGAACGAUUUAGCCGGCUCGUUGGAGAGAUUCCAGGUCUCCCAUGCGGAAAUGACUCCCUCAGCUGCUCAGCUUCUUCCGGCCAGCGCGAUAAAACGAUUAGACACGCUGAUUCUUGGUGGUGAAGUGCUUUCGCCCGAACUGGCCAAGUAUUGGGCCAGUAUGACAAACGUCAAGAACUCAUACGGGCCAUGCGAGUGCACGCCAACAACGACGGUGGCAACAAUUGACCCAGACAAUGUUGAAGUGCCUAGCAUUGGUCGUGGUUAUGGUGUCAAUACAUGGGUCGUGAGCACAACGGGUGAUUCUCUUGCCCCUGUGGGAAGCACUGGUGAACUGUUCCUUGAAGGCCCGCUAGUUGGUCCUGGUUAUCUCGAUGAUGCCGAGCGUACAGCUGCAUCCUUCAUUGAAAACCCUUCUUGGCUGCUGCGUGGCUCAGCAACCCAUCCCGGACGGCAGGGACGCCUGUACAGGACUGGCGAUCUUGUGCGUUACCAGCCUAACGGCAGCCUAACAUUCAUUGGCCGUAAAGAUAGCCAAGUCAAAAUUAACGGCCAACGUCUAGAGCUGGGUGAUAUCGAAUACUAUAUCAGGUCUAAUAUUACCUAUGAAGGCGACGUUCGAGUGGUUGUGGACGUGGUCAAGCCUCAAGACAGCGAAAGACGUGCUCUAGUUGCUUUCUUGGGCGUAGAGGAGUCUUCUGCAGACCUGGACAAGAUUAUCGCCGGUCUGGCUGACAGACUCGCCGCGCAAGUGCCUGCUUACAUGAUACCCUCUGCCUACAUGCUGCUUGAGAGCAUCCCGAUGACGCCUUCGGGCAAGACAGAUAGACGAAAACUCCGCACCAUGGCUGAGAAACUUACAAGAGUUGAGCUCAUGGCUCAUGGCCCGACCCAGGCGACAAGACGAGCACCAACGACGCCAAAGGAGAUUCAGCUUCAAGGACUUUGGUCCACUGUACUUGGGAUUCCACGUGAGAUGAUUAGCUCCGAAGAUAGCUUCUUGCGUAUUGGAGGAGAUUCUAUUGGCGCCAUGAAGCUUGCUGGCUUGGCGCGGGAUGCUGGCCUUUCUAUCACCGUCACCGACAUCUUUCGCCACCCAUGCCUCAGUGACCUCGCUAAAACUAUUCGCAACUCAUUCGGCAAUGAAAAUGAAGCCGUGCUGCCGUUUUCUCUGCUUUCAAGCAAGCUAGACGCACUAGAGUGGCGAGCCCAGAUUGCCCAGCUCUGCGACGUCAGCGCAUCGCUUGUUGAAGACGCAUUCCCGUGCACACCUUUACAGGAAGGCCUUUUGGCUCUCACCUUGAGACGCUCCGGUGACUAUGUGGCUCAAAAUAUCUUCGAGCUCAAGCGGGACAUCAGUAUUUCUCGCUUUCAGCGUGCUUGGGAGCACGUGAUUGCAACAACGCCAAUUCUUCGAACACGUAUUGUCGAUCUUCACACUCAAGGAUUAGUUCAAGUGGUUGUUGCAGAAGAACCGACAAUGUGGCCAGAGCCUACCAGCACCAUUCUCUACCAAGAAGCAGACAAGAAGCUGGGUAUGGGCCUGGGUACACCUCUCAUGCGGUACGCGAUCACCAAAGACUCUCAUGACCGACAUUGCUUUAUCUGGACUGUACACCAUGCCUUGUAUGACGGGUGGUCAAUGCCACUAGUUCUUGAGAGACUAGAGAUGGCAUACAAUGGAACAGUUCUACAACCACCACCGCCGUUCCAGGACUUUGUCAAGUUUAUUGGUGGUGUCGAUGACGGCGGUGCCGAAGGGUUUUGGGCGUCGCAGUUUGACCAAAUCCAGGCUCAAGCAUUUCCAUCACUACCUUCGCCAGUAUACCAGCCACGGUCAGACGCUGGUAUUUCGCACCGAAUCAAAGAUUUGGUGUGGCCAAAGACGGAUACAACCGCAUCGACUGCUAUUCGCGCCGCACUAUCAAUCCUUAUUGCAGUGCCUUCUGACUCUUCCGAUUCACUGUUCGGAGCGACAGUCACUGGUCGGCAGGCUCCAGUACCUGGAAUUGAGAAUAUGACGGGCCCAACAAUCGCUACUGUACCAAUUAGGGUGGCCGUUGACAGAGAAAGUACCGUCAGUCAACUUUUGCAUCAGGUGCAAGCCCAAGUUAUUGACAUGACGGCAUUCGAACAAACGGGUCUGCAGAGAAUUCGAAGGGUCAACGCAUCUGCCAAGCAAGCUUGCAACUUUCAAACACUAUUGCUUAUUCACCCGAUUGAGGAAGCGGGAAAAUCCACAAGCUUUCUCUACAACGACGCAGAAGACGAAGGGGACGGGGACGGAGACGAAAUUGUCGAUGACUCCUUUGCCGGAUUUGACACCCAUGCUAUCACGAUUGAAUGCGAUCUUGAGAGCAAUGGCGCGCUGCUUCGCUUCAGGUUCGACUCUCAAGUCAUCAAGAAGCCUGAAGUAGAGAAGCUCGCGGCCCGAUUUGACCUGAUUCUGCGCCAACUAUGUGACCCUGAUAUGGCUCAGGUCAAGAUUACCGAUAUUGACACGGUCAGCUCCGGGGAGCUGAAGGAGAUUUGGGACUGGAAUUCCCUCGUCCCCGAGACUAUUAAUCACGCCGUGCAUGACUUGAUUGCCGAGAAUGCCUCUAAGUAUCCUGAUUCCCCGGCCGUCUGCGCGUGGGACGGCAACUGGACAUAUCAUCAACUUGACUCUAUUUCCACACGCAUCGCCCAUCGCCUGAAUAGUCUAGGUAUUGGUCCCGAUGUUAUCGUGCCUAUUUGCUUUGAGAAGUCUCGCUGGAUGCCUAUAGCGAUGCUAGCUGUUAUGAAAGCCGGAGGCGCAUCGGUCGCUCUAGAUACCACAUUGCCUCCAGAGCGACUACGCAGUAUUUUGCAACAAGUCAGCCCGUCCUUGGUUCUGGCGUCUUCGCUGGGCCAAUCGCUCGCGAAGGGCUUGACUGAUCAACCAAUAUUGGUCUUGGGCGAAGGAUCCCAAGGAGAAUUUGACGAAAUUGCCCUACAAACGCUUCCAAAGGUUGAGCCCUGGAACAAGCUUUACCUUGUCUUUACAUCAGGUAGCACUGGUGUUCCAAAGGGAGCAAUCGUCACUCAUUCUAACUUUAGUAGCGCUAUCCAUCAUCAACAAGCUAUUACAGGCUUCAGCAGGUCUUCCCGGGUAUAUGACCUUGCUAAAUAUGCUUUUGAUAUUAGCUGGUCCAAUUUUAUCCAUACGAUGGCUGCUGGGGGCUGCCUUUGUAUACCGUCACAGCAAGAGGCUCUUGACGAUAUUACCGGCUCAAUUCUAGCUUACAAUGCAAACUUCAUAGAUAUCACGCCAUCUGUUGCCAGUACACUACGGCCAUCAGACUUGAGGUGCCUCAAAACCGUUGUUUUUGCUGGUGAGGCACUCACGAACCAUCAAGCCUCACAGUGGUCGAAGCAUGCGCGUGUGCUCAAUAUGUACGGCCCGGCGGAAUGCACAGUUAAGGCCACAUUGGCCGAGCUCGACGGAACUGCCUCGUCUUCAGCAGCCAGCAUUGGCCGCGGCGUCGGUCUGUGUACUUGGGUCGUGGAUCCUUCAAAUCACAACAAACUCUCACCAGUUGGGACAAUUGGAGAAUUGGUAUUGGAAGGGCCAAUCGUUGGAUCGGGCUAUCUUGGUGAUGCCGCAAAGACUGCAGGCUCCUUUAUUGAAAGUCCAGCUUGGCUACUCCGUGGCGGACCUGGCCACCAAGGCCGCAGAGGGCGCGUAUACAAAACUGGUGAUCUUGUUCAGUAUAAUGUCGACGGUAGUUUGACAUUCAUUGGGCGAAAAGAUGGCCAGGUUAAGAUCAACGGCCAACGCUUGGAACUUGGCGAUGUGGAACACAAUCUUGCGUCGAGCCUAAGCGCCAUGUCGAAAGUCCAGCUUGCGGCGGAGGUUAUAACGCCUCGGGAUAGUGACAACGCGAUGCUAGCUGCUUUUAUACAGUCAUCCGGACAAAUUGGUGACUUCGAGUCAGCGAUGCGCACACUGACAGCGGGUCUCAACGAUCGCCUUGCCUCCAAGGUUCCUGGAUAUAUGAUCCCUUCGGCCUACAUCAUGGUAGACAAGCUACCACUUUCCGCCACCGGGAAGUUGGACCGCAAGCAGCUCCGCGCUAUGGGGGGGAAACUGACUCUGUUGGAGCUCAUGUCUUCGACUGGGCCACAGCCAGAACGCCGGCCGCCAUCUGCUCCCAUGGAGCUAUGUCUGCAGAAGCUUUGGGCUUACGUCCUUGGCCUCAAUGCCGAAGAAAUUAGUGCAGAUGAUAGCUUCCUUCAUCUUGGCGGUGACUCGAUUCAGGCCAUGAAACUCGCCCAGCGAGCCCGAAGCCAAGGUUUCCACCUUGCUGUUGCCGACAUUCUCAUGAGCCCUAAGCUGUCGCAGAUGGCCUCCUGCCUCAAAGAUCUGAAUGGGGAGUCAGUUGCGCAUGCACUCGAAUAUCGCCGAUUUUCGCUACUGCCGCCAGAAAGCCGCCCAGAAAUCGAGCAGAUUUUGAUUGAACACGGCAUCUCAACAGAUAAUGUGCAGGACAUCAUUCCUGUUACCGACCAGCAGGCCCGAUAUCUACUUACAACUUACACAACGGCUCGUAGCGCUGUGUACUACCACACACUAGAUCAUGACGGCGAUUUCGACCUUGGCCAAAUGCAGCACGCUUGCGCUAGUCUCAUUAGGCGUCUUGACAUGAUGAGAACCGUCUUCAUCGCAUAUAAAGAUAGCUUCUUGCAAGCCGUGCUCGCCAAUCUGGAUCUAGAUAUUGGUGUGUUUGAAACCGCGACGAGUGGCUUGGAUGAAUACACUUUGGGGUUGAAAAAGCAAGAUUUGCUCUGCGAUCUGCAGUUCGGACAACCACUCACGAAGAUUUCCGUCAUUCGCCAGACACAAGAGCAGAAGUAUCGUAUUGUAAUACGCCUAUCCCAUGCACAGUAUGACGGCACGGCGCUCGCCAAGAUGUGGGCUGCCUUUGAAGACGCAUACAAGUCGGCUCCUCCAGGCGACGCAAAAACAAGCUUUUCGCAUUACAUGCACACUCUAUCACUCCUCGAUAAGCAAAAGGCGACUGAAUACUGGCGGAACAUGCUCCAGGGAAGCACUCGAACAGCCAUCAAGGACCAGACAACACAUCGUCUCGGGUAUGGGCUUGGUCCGAACAUUGUCAAGACUAUACCAGCAUCCAGUCUACAAUCCGAGGAGUUCACCUUUGCUACCGUCCUGAAGGCCGCAUGGUCGUACGUCCUCGCAAGAUAUUCAGCCACUGAAGAUGUUGUAUUCGGCAGCCUUAUACACGGUCGCAACCAGCCAGGCACACAAGACGUCUUCGGUCCCUGCGUAAACAUUGUCCCAGCCCGCAUCGUUUUCCAAGAAGACUGGUCUGCCAGGGACCUGAUUUCCACAGUCAAUUCUCAGCAAGCGGCAAGCAUACCAUUUGAGACAAUGGGUUCCCGAGACAUCAUUCACAAUUGCACAAGCUGGCCUAAAUGGGCCUUUUUCAGUUCAGUCAUCACACACCAGAACUAUGAAGACCGCCAGACGGAAGAGUCCUUGGUCGAUUUUGAUAGCGCUGACCUGUCGACGGGUGAUAUUGACAGUGUGGAGGUCUACAUCACCUCUACACCGGGCGCAGACAGCACCGAAAUUGACUUAACCUUUACGGACAACGUCAUCUCUCAUGCCCUAGCGCAGCAGCUCGCGUCGGAUCUGGCCGACACCAUCAUUCAGUUCCACAAGGCCAUGGACACAAAACUCAUCGCGCCGCGCGACAUUCGGAGCCUGCCGGCCUUGCUGCCCCUACCAGCCGACGCCAACGUCACCUUGGCUCCUCCAACUGACGAACAGAUGACGGCGCUCAAUGGCUGUCCCGCCAAGUUAAAGAAUGCUCUCAGCAGGGCCUGGAAAGAUGUCCUCGGUCUGCAAACUGUGCCCAGCGACGAAUCUACGGAAACCUUUUUCGAACUAGGUGGCGACGCUAACAAUGCCGGCCAAUUAGCCGCUCAUAUGCAACGACAAGGCUAUAAGCUCAGAAUUGAAGACGUUUUUGAGCAUCCUACGUGGUCUGAACUCCUGCUUCACGUGGGGAGGCUGUAG